UCAGUGGGUAGGUAGUAGGUACCUAAAACGUGAUGUGAUAGUUCGGUAUUAACAGAGUACGCUUUGAUCUAACUUUAAUUUUCUUCGAGUCAGUGGAAAAGAUUAUUCGAAAAUACGUAUCGAGACUGAGUUCCUCCGGAAGUUGGACGAUAACGUUUCUCAACUCAACCCACGAUUGUUCAUGAAAACACAUUAAUGUAGUUAUUAACUACGAGUUAAUGUGCUAUCGUAAUGCAGUUUACUUGAAUUUGUGAUUAUUGUUAUUUAAAAAAAAAAAAACGUAUAAGAGUGUUACAAUACUUGAGUAAUUUAAGCUUUUGCGAUGAGGAGUUCAAAAAAUAUCCUAGUUUUGCUGUUCGUCUUCUCUGUUACGUUGCUGAGUGAAAAUUACGCACUGAAAAACUUUACAAAUCAACGUGUAAGAAGUUUCCAUUGUAUUAAUCAUAAUUACGUAUUUCCAAGUUGGUUCUGUGAUGGGAUCAAUGAUUGUGGGGACGGCAGCGAUGAAGCUUACGGAUGUGAUCAAGCGAAAUGCGGUAUAGGAAACUUCACGUGUCAAUCGGAUAAUCAAUGCUUACCUAUUGCUGUUCGAUGCAACAACAUAACAGAUUGUGACGAUGGCUCGGACGAAAGCUUUUGCUUUCACGAGCCUCCUAUUGGCGAUUGCUCCAUGCAGAAAGGUAAAUUUUUAUGCAACGAUUCGUUACGAUGUUUAGACAUAAACCGAGUUUGUGACGAAGAACUUCACUGCAUCGAUGGAUCUGACGAAGGUGGCAAAUGCGACGAUUACGAUCCCUACUUAUGCAACACCUGUCACCAUGCUUGUUUUCGAACACCUUUGGGGCCUCAAUGCUUUUUCAAUGCAACAAGUGAUCAUUACGAUCCUAUCUAUAGAGACAUACAAGGUUGCGCCACUAACAAAAAUAAUUAUUGUGAUCAAAAAUGUAUCGCUUAUCACGACGUCAAUCAGUGCUCUUGCGCAGAAAAUUUCGUCAUUAAUUCUACACCUUACUCAUCGUUCACUUGCGAAGAAAAAGAUAAAAACAAAAAUUGGCUGAUUUACACGGUGAAAGGAGCAGUCAGGGGUAUACAAGGAUACAGCAAUGUCAGCACUCUUAUUAAAGAAACGAGUAGUCCUAUAUCAGCGAUUGCAGCUGGCAACGAUUAUGUGUAUUGGGGAAGAACGUACGAAAAUCAGAAAGUCAUCGAAAAAACAUCAAUUGGCUCGAACUUUGGAUCAAAUAUCGUUCUGAUUAGCAAUGGUAUUGGCGAAGUCAACGCGAUAGAUGUCGAUUGGAGAACAGGAAAUAUAUAUUUUAUCGAUAACGUAAACAAACGUCUAUCAGCAUGUAGAAGUGACGGACAGUUAUGCAUCGAAGUUCAAUCACUGAGUAAUACUGGAACCAGUCUCGCAUUAUCUCCAAGAGAAGGAGUUAUGUUUUGGUCGAUGAAAGCCGAAGAAUUUGGAUUCGUCAUCAUGAGAGGCGAUAUGAAUGGUCAAAACAGUUAUCCUGUAAUUGACGAAGGUUUGGGAGACAUCUAUUCGAUCGCAUGCGACGAAGCUGCCGGAAAGUUAUAUUGGCUUGAUUCCUCGCGUCGUAAAAUUGAAGUGACUAAAUUCAAUGGAGAUGGCCGAAAAAUAUUCAAAUCAGAUCUGAGAGUUGAUUACUUAUCAAUUACUGUUAAUGCUCGAUACCUGUACUGGAUUAUAAACCCUAAUACCAAUGGCUCCAAAGCUAAUCCCAACAACCCGAAUAAUAUUUACUUCUCUGCUGGAAAUCGACUUGUUCCAAAAAUCGCUCUAAACGGUUCAGAUCCAGUAUUGAUGAUUUAUGGAUACAGUUACUCGGAAAAAACUACUAAAAUGACAUCUCCGUGUAACUGGGGAUGUUCAAAUGGUAUAUGCUUGAUACAUUCCGCUUACUUCAACAAAACCGGCUCAGAUUGCGUUUGUGCGAACGCAUCUGAUCAUAAGGCAGAUUCAUGGUGUUCGAAAGAUGCUGAAAGUUACUUGGGAUACUCCAGUUACCACAAUUACGACGAUUUCUACCCUCACUACACCGAGAGUCCUCAUCAAGCUGUUAGAAUAAUUUUAGUCAUUGUCAGCGUUAUUAUUCUGGUAUCCGGAAUUUCGUUUUACCUGUAUCGCAAAGGAUGUUUUCAGGGGGUAGAUGUAAGUUUAUUUAGACACGUUCGUUUGCGAUAAUUGAAUAUUUUUGGACGAUAGUUAAGAGUGCAGAUGCUUGGAUUUAUAUCAAUUUUAUUCUAGUCUCCUAAAAUUAAGAGAGAUGUGUGCCUGGGUCUUAUCAUCUGCGGCACAACUGUAAAGAUAGAUACCUACCUAAAUCAAUGUAAUAGGUACCUAUCCAAUAAAAAAUAAAUAAAAAUAUACGAUGAGUAA